UUCAAUAUACCCACCACCCUGUGUGUGAAAAGGGUGCCCCACAGGUUCCUAUUAAAUCUUUUCCCUCUCCCCUUAAACCUAUGGGCUCUAGUUUUUGAUUCCCCUACCUGGGUAAAAUAAUGCAUUCAUCCUAUCCCCCCCUCAUGAUGUUUUAGACCUCUAUAAGAUCACUUCUCUUCCUGCACUCCAAGGAAUAAAGUCCUAGCCUGCCCAGUCACUACUAUUAGCUCAGUCCUUGCCAACUAUCGGUCCCAUUCACACUAGUUCUAUGUUAUCCCACUUUCUCAUCCUCUCCAUACACACUAGUGGCAAUUUACAGACACCAGUUAACCUACAAACCCAUACAUCUUGGGGAAGUGGGAGGAAACCGGAGAACCGCGAGCAAACCCACGCGGUCACAGGGAGAACGUGCAAACUCUGCUCACGCGCACACAGACACACGACCCGUGGUCAGUAUCGAACCAGGAUCUAUGCCAUCUGGCCAUCGUACUGCCCUCAAGUUCUUGAUUCCCUUACCUUGGGGAAAAAGACUGAGCAUUCACCCGAUCUACUCCCUUCUUGAUUUUAUCCAAAUCACCCCGUCAACCUUCUACACUUCAAGCAAUACAAUCCUAGCCUGCCCUGUGUGGAAGGAACAAACAGGCAACGGUGUCGGGUCCCUUCUUCAGACUGCAGAAGAGUCCAGUUGUGAAAUGUAACCCAGUCUGAAGAAAGGUCACAGCUUGAAAUGUCCAUUCCUUCCAUAGAUGCUGCCUGACCCAUUGAGUUCCUCCAGCACUUUGCGUUUUGCUGAAGGUUCCAGCAUCUGCUGCUCCGUGUGUCAGCAUUCACUGCUGCGUUGGUCCAGAAUUAUCGAAUGGGUGAACCAUCUCGAUUCCCUCCCGAGGUACCCACCCCGUAACCGCCAGGUCCACUCCCUUCACUCCAAAUGUGGACCCCGGUUUUCUGUAGUGAGCCGAGAGAGACUGUCUUUGACCAGCCAGCCUCGCGGGCAGGGGUUGACAAAUCCCACGUAUCAAGUCACAAAAUAUGAUAAAGGUCUUUAGGAAACCCUCCCACCAUCAACAUUAUGAGGCUCAACCCUCACCAGCAAUUCAACUGGAUGUUGCCAUCAACUCUUUAUCAUCACUGGGCCUAAAUCAAGCAAUCUGAUCGUGCACACCACCUACACCAGAAGGAUCACAGAGAUGGGUGAAGAUGGAUCAACAUCUACACCAAGGCAAGUAACAUUGGGCCUCAGUAAUAAAACACACCCCACCCCCUGAAAAAUGAAUCAGAACCAAUGAUCCCUGCUGUUCCUUGUUUGCCAAACUCAUUGGCCCAUAGAGUCACAUAAAACUGUACAGCACAGAAACAGGCCCUUCAGCCCACUUUGUCCAUGUUGACCAAGUUGGCAUACUGGGCUAGUCUCAUUUACGUGCAUUUGACUCCUAAAACCUUCCUAUCAAUAUAUCUGUCCAACUGUCUUUAAAAAAAUUGGAAUUGUAUCCACUUCUAUAGCUUCCUAUGGCAGCUCUUCCAGAUAUGGACUACCCGCUGAGUGAAAAAGUUGCCCCUGAGGUCUCUCAUAUCUCUCACCUUUAGAACCCUGUACAAUGGCGAAAAAGACUGAACGUUUAAUUUAUCCAUGCCCCUCAUCCUGUACAUCUCAAUAAGGUCACAACGCUCCCAGCCUAUCCAACCCCUCAUGGAGUAAUACAGCACGGAAACAGGCUCUUUGACCCAACUUACCCACAUCUACGUUAGUCCUAGAAACAUAGAAAAUAGGUGCAGGAGGAGGCCCUUCGAGCCAGCAUCGCCAUUCAUUGUGAUCGUGGCUGAUCGUCCCCAAUCAAUAACCCGUGCCUGCCUUCUCCCCAUAUCCCUUGACCCCACUAGCCCCUAGAGCUCUAUCUAACUCUCUUAAAUCCAUCCAGUGUUUUGGCCUCCACUGCCCGCUGUGGCAGGGAAUUCCAUGAAUUCACAACUCUCUGGGUGAAAAAGUUUUUUUCUCACCUCAGUCUUAAAUGGCCUCCCCUUUAUUCUAAGACUGUGGCCCCUGGUUCUUGACUCGCCCAACAUUGGGAACAUUUUUCCUGCAUCUAGCUUGUCCAUUCCUUUUAUAAUUUUAUAUGUUUCUAUAAGAUCUCCCCUCUGCCUGCCUUCUCCCCAUAUCCCUUGAUUCCACUAACCCCUAGAGCUCUAUCUAACUCUACCUACUUGCAUUUGGCCAAUAUCCCUCUAAACCUCCUAUCCAUGUACCUUUUUUAAAUGUUUCUUAAACAUUGCGAUAGCACCUGCCUCAGGAGGUAGUUGAGGCAGGUAUUAUCACAAUGCUUAAAAAAAAAACAGCAAGUACAUUGAUAGGUUAGUUGAUAUGGGCCAAAUGUAGGCGGUUGGGACUAGUGUAGAUGGGGCAAUGUUGGUCGGCAUGGGCAAGUUGGGCUGAAGGCCCUGUUUCUACACUGUAUGACUCUAAACACCUGCAUGCCAUUGGGAUGUGGGAGGAAACCGGAAUACCCGGAGGAAACCCAUGUGCUCACGGGGAGAACGUGCAUACUCCUCACAGAAAGACUGCACCCGAGGUCGGGCUUCCUGCCGGGCCGCGGCUGUGGGCUGGGAACGCAGCCGGAAACCUUUAUCGGGGUGCCGCGGUCUCAAUGCCACCCUGAUAUCCACGUAGAAGCCCGGGUCGGAGUCCGGGUCGGCACCACGGAGGCGUGAAGUGGGGGCGUCGACGGUCGAUGAGACCGCAGGGUGGACCACUGUGGGGGACAAAAGACGGAGCCGGCAUGUUUUGUAACUUUGUCAGUGCCGUAGGUGGCCGCUAUUUGUAUACAUUGGGUAUGCAAGCAAAGAAUUUCACUGUGCCAUGUCACAUGUGACAAUAAAGUAUUCCAUUCCUUCCAGGAUUAAACCCGGGUCUCUGGCGCUGUGAGGCAGCAGCUCUGCCACCCUCAUUCUUAGGUCUUGCCUUCUGAGCAAAUGUAUCAAUGUAUGUGAACAGCUUCCCAGAAAGGCACAGUGGUAGAGUUGCUGCCUUACCGCGCCAGAAACCCAGGUUCGAUCCUGACUACGGGUGCUGUCUGUACGGAGUUUGUACAUUAUUCCCGUAACGACGUGGGUUUUCUCCGGGAGCUCGGUUUCCUCCCAUAGUCCAAAGAUGUGUAGGUUUGUAGGUUGAUUGGCUUAGGUAAAAAUAAAUUGCAAAUUGUCCCCAGUGUGUAAGAUAGUGCUUCUGUACUGGAUGAUCGCUGGUCGGUGUGGAUUCAGUGGGCCGAAGGGAUGGUUUCUGCGCUGUAUCUCCAAACUAAAUUAAACUAAACAACUCCAUUGCAACAAUUGUUGCUCACCCAGCUGUGGCGGUGGGAAGUUCUCCGUUCCGCUCGGCUGAAGAAUGCUUUGUACCUUGGACACCCGCCAACCUUCCAUGACACCGCUCACAAUGGUGGUGCACUGUUCCAGUAAUAGCCCUGUCUCACUGCAGCCCUUCAAUGCAGCGGGGAAGUUCAACACAGAAGGGUGGAGAUACUCAGCAGGUCAGACAGCAUCUGUGGGGGCAGGAGAGAACUGAUGAUCUCUCAUUCGAAAUAACUCCAUGUGGGUUACACACGUGCGGCUGGUGCCUAGCCAUGGAAAUUGGAUCGGUGUUAGAGAGUCAUGCAGCAAGCAAAGGCCCUUUGGCCCAACUUAUUCAUGCCGAGCAACAUGCCCCAUCUACGCUCAUCCUAUUUGCCCGCAUUUGGUCCAUAUCCUUCUAAAUCUUUCCUGAUCAUAUACCUGUCAAAUGUCUUUUAAAUGUUGUAUUGUACCAGCCUCAAUUGCCUCCUCCGGCAGCUUAUUCCGUAUAUCCACCACCCUCUGUGUGAAAAGCUGCCCCUAUUAAAUCUUCCAUCUCAACUUAAGCUCAUGUCCUCUGGUUCUUAAUUCCCCCUACCCUGGAUAAAAGAAUGUGCAUUAACCCAAUCUGUUCCCCCUGAUUUUACACACCUCGAUAAGAUCACUCUGCAGUGUCCUGUGCUCCAAGGAUUAAAGUCCUAGCCUUCCAAACCACUCCCUGUAGCUCAGGCCCUCGGGUCCUGCAACAACCUCAUAAAUCUUCUCGGCACACUGUCCACAUAAUGACAUCUUUCCUGCAGCAGGAUGACCACAACUGAACACAAUACUCCAAGUGCACCCUCACCAACCUCUUGUACAACUACAAUUUCUCUUUAAGAGAGUGAAAAAUGUUUAAUUGGCAUCUGCACUGACAACAAAACAAUUAAAUCCUUACAUGCCUCAGCAUAACAGGCUUGUGAGCACAGAUAAAUAUCUCAUAAUCAGUACUACAAUAAAUCAAUAAUCGUAAUUCAAGGAAACCAUAAUAGAGAAAAAAUGAAGUCCGCAGUGCAACCAGAGACACAGUCCACAGAAGAUCACAGUUGCUGAGGUUAGUGUUGUGCAGUGUUCAAGAGCCUGAUGGUUGCUGAGAAGAAGCUGUUCAUGAACCUGGAGUUCCUGUACAUGACUCCUGUACAGGAAGUGCAAAGAGAAAAGUCCUAGAGUACAGAAUAUAUUGUUACAGCAUCACAGGUACAGAGAAAGUGCAGAUGAAAAAAAAUGGUGCAAGGUCCGAAAUGAGGUAGGUUGGAAGAUCAGGACAACACCCUAACAUUUGGAAGGACGUUUCAGAUAACAAAAUUUUAGACAUUUUUAUUUUAGAGAUACAGCGCGGAAACAGGCCCUUUGACUAAUGGAGUCUGCUCCGACCAGCGAUCACCCCGUACAAUAGCACUAUCCUACACACUAGGCUCCAUCGUUCCUAUGCGCACCUAGAUAAGCCAGGAAGCACUGUGAGAGUCAUGUUCUCCAGUGCUUUUAACACCAUCUGGUCUGCUCUGCUAGAGAGCAAACUGAUGAAGAUACGGGUGGAUGCUCCAUUGGUGUCCUGACUCACCAACUACCUGACUGGACGACCACAAUAUGUCAGGCUACAGAACCGUGUCUCACACAUGGUAGUGAGCAACACAGGGCCCCCACAGGGGACGGUCCUCUCUCCCUUCCUGUUCACCAUCUACACCUCGGACUUCAGAUACAACUCGGACUCCUGCUACCUACAGAGGUUUUCAGAUGACUGCAAUUGUGGGCUACAUCAGUGAGGGGAGGGAAGCUGAAUACAGAGGUGUGGUCAACAACUUUGUGGAGUGGUAUGGGCUGAAUCACCUGCAGCUCAACACCGACAAGACUAAAGAGUUAGUGGUGGACUUUAGGAGGAGAGGAACACCCCUGUCUCGAAAAAAACUACAGCGGGCCGGAUGAUUUCGAGUUACGGGCUGCAUUCGUAGGUUGCCGGGCCCUGGUGUAAGGUAACAAUUCUACCACUGUGCUACCCUCUAGUGGGGGAAAAGGUGUUGCUGAGUCCGGUUGUAUAUGUUGUGAUCUCAUUACCAGCAGAUCAGAGCCCUGCACUGUGUUACUGAGGUGGUGGAACAGGUAACUCAAUUAUCAGGAAUGAGGAAGUGCGGAGAACUCUCUCCACCUCUUGGCACAGAUUACCUUCCAGUAUAAAGACCGUCUCAGCAGCUGACGCCCAUCUGUAUCUGUCACACUUGCCUGCUCAUCGCCAGCCCAUGAGACACCAGAGUCGUCUGCAAACCCCAGACCUGGUCUCCCUCAGUGAGAGGCUUGGAAGGGUAGACAUCACCUCCAGGACACCGCGUUGCAACCCGAUUCAUUCAGCUGAAGUCCUGUCAGGUGCCGGCUAUGGACCAGGCGGAGGGUGCGGUCAACAGCGCUGGACCUUUCACCGCCCGCGGCACUCUGCUCCUCACCUGUGUGCUGCCCACCUCCUGCCCCUCCAACAGCCAGAGUGAGUCGCUGGACCUGGAGAUGCCCACACACUCCACAGUGUGGACCCUCCGCCUGUUGGCCUGGAGCCAGGCUGCCGGGCACAGUGCCACGCCCAGCCUCUACCAGCUGAACUCCCCCCACCACUUCCGGCUGCUGUACAGGAAGGGUCCCACCUGGUACGAGAUGUUGGAGGACCAGCAUACCCUGGCCUCGCUGGGGGCGGUGAGAUAUUGGAAGAGCUUGGGCCUCAAGAAGGGUCAGAUCCACCUGGAGCCCCAACCCAAGGAGACCAGAUCCAGCCAGGACUUUUGGAACGGGCUGACCAACCUGGUGGGUCUGGAUGUCCGGUCCAGAGUGGCCAGCCAGCAGAGUGAACUGAAUUGGGCACGCAGGAUGUUUGCGGUGGUCAGGCAAGUGGAUGUCCAACGGCGGGACGGGAGAGCCUUCGCCAUGGAGCCCUGCCUGGUGUCCAGCCCCCUCCCUCAAGGUCUCCUGCCCCAGGUCGACAGGGAGAUGGCGGUGACCAUCUAUCAUGCUGGCACCAGCCGGAAGAUGAAGGUGGACCUUCGCUACACUCCGGGCGAGGUUGUGCAAGCCUACCGUGAGGUAACGCCACCAGAGGUCGCCCCUGACCUGGUCUUGAAGGUCUGCGGGCGCCAGGACUACCUCACCGGCUGCCGGCCGCUGGUGGACUUCUCCUGGGUCCGCCACUGUCUGAAGAACAAGGAGGAGGUCCACCUGGCAUUGGUGGAGGCCCCGUGCGCAGAGGAGGAUGGGGUGGACGGUGUGGAGUGGCCACUGGUGGACGAGGCCACGGAGCUGACCACUGGACACCAGGAGCUGGAUGGGGAGGAACCCCCCAUCAUCUCGCUCUGGGACUGCCACCACCGCUUCCGGGUGAAGCUCCUGGGCUUGGACCUCCCCGCCCCGCCCAGCGAUGGGCCUCCCGCAGUCUACGUGGAGGCUGCCGUGCUCCAUGGGGCCAGUGUCCUGUCCUCCGUCGCCUCACCCCCACGACCCCUUGCCCAAGAGAUGAUGUGGAACGUCUGGCUUAGCUUGGACAUCCGGGUGGAGAACCUGCCCCGAGGAUCACGGCUGAGGCUGGCAGUCUACGGGCUAGACGACCAGACACUCCCGUCCUGGGACCCCAGGCAGAGUCCAAGGGAAGGGAACCCUGGGCAGGGCAAGGCUGGACAUCUACACUCGGUCAGUCUGCUCCUGAUAGACCACCACUCGCUCCUGAGGCAGGGUGAGUACGUGUUGCACAUGUGGCCGGGAUCCAGGGACAACCAAGGAGCGGACCUGCUGAGCUCCCAAACCAACCCCGAGCUCGUGACCUCUGCUGCCAUCUGCAUCUUGCUUGACACCUACCAUCGACCAGUGGCUUUGCCCGGACAAUCAGACAAGGAGUCGGAAUCGUCAUACUUCGGGCAGACAUCCCACGGUGAGAAGAGGGACCUGCUGCAGCGGUUCAGGGAAGAGUGCGGGCUCUACAGCCGCCCGCUGCCCAUUUUCUUGGCCACGGUGCAGUGGGGAGACCGCAGUGUGGUACAGGAGGUUCACUGGCUCUUUCACCGCUGGCAGCCCCAACAGCUGGACCUGGCGGUGGCCCUGGAGCUGCUCGGUGCGGACGUCGCUGACCGUGAAGUCCGCAAAUUGGCGGUGAGGCGGCUGGAGGGCUUGGACAAUGACCAUCUCCUGAGGUAUCUCCUCCAGUUAGUCCAGGUACUGAAGUUCGAGCCGUACCACGACAGCAGCCUGGCCAGGUUCCUGAUUGGUCGCGCGUUGACAAGCAAGAGGAUCGGACAUUUCUUCUUCUGGUACUGCCGUGGCGAGGUGAUGGGAUCACCCUCAUUCUCGGACCGUUACUCAGUCACCCUGGAAGCGUACUUGCUGGCAUGCGGCCAAACCCUUCUGCAGGACUUCCAGCGGCAGGUCCAUCUGGCCAGCUCCCUCGGACACGUGGCCACCAGCCUCAAGGCGGUCAUCGCUGAGAAAGGAGAUGUCCCUUCCAACGCCGCAGCCUUGCUGCACGAACUGUUGCGACAGGCGGAUCUCCCCCAGAACGUGGUGGCUCCGUACAACCCCAGCCUCAGGGUGGGGCGCAUCCUGGUGGAGCAAUGCAAGGUUCUACCCUCCAAGAAGAAGCCGCUUUGGUUGGAGUUCACCCCCGCUGACCUCAGUGACCCCCACGGCCGGCCAAUCUGCAUCAUCUUCAAGCAGGGCGAUGACCUGCGACAGGACAUGCUGGUCCUCCAGACUCUGGUGAUAAUGGAUUCCAUCUGGCAGGAAAACUCGCUCGAUCUGAACCUCACCCCCUACGGGUGCAUAGCCACCGGAUACAACAUGGGGAUGAUCGAGGCGGUGGGAGAUGCGAUGACCAUUGCAGCCGUGCAGCGCCUGAAGGGCGGCAACAGUGGUGCCUUCAAGAACGACGCGCUGCACGAUUGGCUGCGGUCUAAGCUGCAGGUGGAGGAAGCGUAUCAGCAAGCGAUGGAGACCUUCGUCACCUCCUGUGCCGGAUACUGCGUCGCAACGUACGUCCUGGGCAUCGGAGAUCGACACAACGACAACAUCAUGAUCACAGAGCGAGGGAACCUAUUCCACGUUGACUUUGGCCACAUCCUGGGCAACAGGAAGCGGUUCCUGGGCCUCAGGCGGGAGCGGGUGCCCUUCGUCCUAACCCCAGACAUGCUAUUUGUGAUGGGGCGGCUGAACAGAAGGCCCAGCCUCUACUUCCAGCGCUUCAAGGACACCUGUGUCCAGGCGUACCUGAGCCUGCGGUCUCACUCCUCGCUCCUCAUCACCCUCUUCUCGCUGAUGCUGCGGACAGGACUCCCGGAGCUGAGCUGUGCGCGGGACGUUGAAUACUUGCGGGAGGCGCUGGCUGUGGGCAGUGAAACCCCAGCCGCGCACCAACACUUCCUCAGCUGCAUCAGCGAGUGCGAGAGCCUGGGCUGGACCGUACAGGCCAACUGGUGGAUCCACAUGUGGAUGGGCAUUAAACAAGCCUGACCCCAGCUGCAGAGACUGACUGGUGUGGGACAGCACUGACCGGUGUGGGACAGGACUGACCGAUGUGUGUGGGCACUGACCAGUGGGAUGGGAGUGACCAGUGUGGGACGGGAGUGACCAGUGGGACGGGAGUGACCAGGUGUGGGACAGAGUGACUGGUGUUGGACGGAGUGACCAGUGUGGGCUGGGUGUGUUGGGAUCAUGCCCGCAGUGCUGCGCUCGAGGGAGUUUCAAAGUACCAUCAAUGGCACAAUGACAUUUUUAACUUGCUGUGGUUUAACAUGCCCAUAAACACAAUAACAUGCCAAUAAAUAUAUAAUAACCAAUAAUACAAUAAAUUAAUAAUAAACCCCGGGAAACAAUAGUGCUAAAACCAAAGUCUGUAGUGUAACCAAAGACAAACUAAAGUGUUGUGCAGUGUUCAAGAGCCUGUUGGUUGCUGGGCAGAAGCUGUUCCUGAACCUGGAGGUCACGGUUUUCAGGCUCCUGUACCUUCUUCCCGAUGGUAGCAGUGAGAUGAGAGCUUGGCCAGGGUGUUGUGGGACUGUGAUGAUGCCGGCUGCAUUUCCGUGGCAGAUGUAGAUUCUUUCAACGAUGGGGAGGUCAGUACCUGUGAUGGGUCGGGCAGUAUCCACCACUCUGUAGUCUCCUUCGUUCCUUGUCGUUUGAGUUACUGAAGCAGGUCCUGAUGCAACCAGUCUGUAUCCGUGGAAGCAGAUUACGACAUUUAGACAGAUGUGUGGAUAGGAAGGGUUUAGAGGGAUAUGGGCCAAAAACAGGCAAAUGGGACUAGCGAAGGAUGCUAGCUUGGAUAAGGUGGGCUGAAGAGACUGCUUUUGUGCUGUAUAGCCCCAUUACUCCAUAUUCAGGAAGUUGGAUGUAGUUCUUAGGGUUUGAGAGACCAAGGGGUAAUGGAGGUGAAUGUACGAGUCAGGUGAGUGAGGUUAGAUGAUCAAGGAAGUGAUAGUAUUGAACGGUGGGACAGGUUUGAAGGGUGGCGGGACCAGUUCCGGCCCACUACUCCCCAUGUCCCUCUGAAUCUCGAUGGUGCAUCGAUGGUGAACAAACGACUCCCAGCACUUGAUUUUUUAUUAAUUAUUACUUUGAUCUGAGGAUAGGACAGUGCGGUUGUCAUGGCGAGAGAGGGGGAGGAGAAGAAGGGAGCGGAACAACAAAUAGUUAGUCAAACCACUGGGCAGAGAAUCGAGAGCGAGUAGCGGGCACAGGAUUCUGCCAGAGAGGUACGUGCCUGAGCAACCUUCUCAAUCGCGGUGGGUGGGGGGACUUGUUACACUGAUCCACAGCCCCAUGGGUUUAAGGUUAGUUUAGUUUUAGAGACACAGUGUGGAAACAGGCCCUUUGGCCCACCGAGUCCAUGCUGACCAUUCACAUUAACAUAUCUUAUUCCAUUUUCUCAUCCACGCUGGGGGGUAUUAUCAAAACUCCAAUUAAUCAACAAACCCGCAUGUUUUUGGGAUGUGGGAGGAAACUGGAGCACCCGGAGGAAACCCAUACAGUCACAGGGAGAACGUACAAACUCCAUGCAGGUGGCACCCAUAGUCAGGAUUGAGCCCGGGUCCCUGGGGCUGUGAGACAGUGGCUCUACCGCUGCACCUGUGUGGUGCCCCAUUAAGUUUAUGAUCUCAUGGGCAGCACUUGUCUGGGGGAGGGGUGGUGGGAUUGAGGACCGUUGGAAUCUAGAACCUGCUGAACCAGUGUGAUUGCUGUGGGGAUCCAUGGCAAGGGGAUGAAGAGAUCGGAGAGAUGACCUUUGCAAGCUGGGGGUCACCUCCCAUAUCCAGCACACGCAGCGACGGUUUAGGCUUGUUAUUGUCACCUGCAGUGAAACGCUUUGUUUUGCUUGCUGUCCAAACAGAUAAGAUAAUACUUUACUUAAAUACAAUCAAGCCAAACUCAAGUGCAAUAGGUAGAGCAAAGGGGAAGAUACAGAGUGCAGAAUAUAGUCCUCAGCAUUAUUGCUCACCAGUUCCAGAGUCAAAGUCCAAUGUCCACAAUGGGGUAGAGGUGAAUCGAACAGUACCCUGGCUUAUGGAAGGGCCGUUUAGAAGCCUGAUAACAUUGGGAAAGAAGCUGAUCCUGAGUCUGGUGGUGCGCUCUUUCCUGCUUUUGUACCUUCUGCCAGACGGGACCGGAGAGAAGAGGGAAUGGCAGGGGUGUGAGUUGCCAGGCCUAUAGGGAGGGGUUGGGCAGUCUAGGACUAUGCUUUGAAGCAAUGGAGGCUGAGGGUGAUCUUAUUGAGGUGUAUUAAAUCAUGAGGGGAUAGAUAGGGUGAAUGCACAGUCUCUUGCCCAGAGUAGGGGAAUCAAGAACCAGAGGACAGGUUUAAGGUGAGAAGAGAAAGAUUUAAUAGGAACCUGAGGGGCAGCAUUUUCACACAGAUUGUGGUAGGGUGUAUGGAAUGCAUUGCCAGAAGAGACAUAUAGACAAAUACAUGGAUAGGAAAGGUUUAGAUGGAUAUGGGCCAAAUGCAAGGAUACACCACUAACCCUGAAUACCACGCUGGUCAGCAUGGAUCUGGUGGGCAGAAAGACCUGUUUCCGUGCUAUUCAGCUCGUCUAUGAGAGCAUUAAGCACAAGGCACUGGUCUAGACAAAGGGCAGGCACUUGAGUCGCACAGGGAAACAGGUCAUUCGGCCCAUCCAUGACAACCAAGCUGCCACAUCCAAGCUAGUCCUAACUGCCUACAUUUGGCCCAUUUUCCUCUAACCUUUCUUAUUCUUAGCUUUUAAAUGCUGUUGUAAUACCUGCCUCCUCUGGCAGCU